AUGGGAAUUUUCGAAGGAUUGAUAGUGCAUCGGCCGCUUACAAAUCAAAGGCGCUAUGACUUUGUGAUAAAUGAAAUAUACCAGCAUCUGCUUGUGCAUCAAGAUGAGAUACAGAUUAAUAUUGAAACAAAUAAGUAUGCCCUGCUGGGGUGUUAAAACCUAUUUAAAUAAUAUAAAUAAAAUAUUUUUUUUUUUAUUAAAAAGGUAUAUAUUCAUAUUCAAGCUCUUUAUGGGUCAGAUAUCACAACAUUUCCACUUUCAUGCUUUAAUAUGAGAACCAAUUUUUUUAGAAUUUAUUCUGGUUUAACACCUCCAGAAGACGUCAUGCACUACGGAUCAAUAGUCUGGGAAUGCCUUAACAUAUUAAGAGAAAACUACCCUUCACAUAUAGAAAUUUCUGAAGAAAACCUUGGGAGAUGCGCGCCACACUUUACCGACAUUUCAGAUGCAGAAAUCUUAAGAAGGCAAAUUUCAUGCAUUUCUUCCCGCAAAGACGACCCAAUAAUGCUUCAUUCUGAAGAAAUGGAAGACUUGUGGUAUGUUUUAUACUCAGCCGUCAAAGCUUAUGAUAUCAAAGGAAUCAUGAUUUGUUUAGAAAUUUUAAACUCAAACACAAACUGUCCACCUUUAGUAUUUAAAGCAGCAAAAACAGAAGAUUUAAGGUUGCUUGAAGGGAUGCUUGACGAAAAUGAGGUCAAUAUCAAUGCAUUGCAAUUUCCUGGACUAAUGGAAAGAUGUAGGGAAAUGUCGAGAAAUAUUUUGAAAAAAAUAAUACUUAAGCACCCUGAAAAAGCGCAGGAUAUUCCUAGCUUAAAAGAAUUAGGACAUUUAGAGUCGCCGAGGCCUGUUACAAUUAUUGAUGGGAAGUAUGAAAUGCCAUGCACUCUGAACGCUUUGGUGUUCCAAUUGACUGAGACUGCUUGCAUUGAAAGGGCUACUUUUUUGUUGGAAAGCCUAAAUGGGACACAAAAUUUAGAAGAUUUAGUACAGCUGAGGUGGCCUGAAAGGCUAAAAGUGUUAUUGGAAAAAUACUGUGAUGGGAUUUUUGGAGAAGAAGAGCACGAUGUGAUUAAAUAUGGGCUUUUUCAAGAUGCUUUGGCGACGGCUGUAAUUAAAUUAAGCAAAAACCCAGAAUUUUUGCUUUUGUUGCUGAAUACUGGGUUUUUUGAAAGAUUUUUUGAGGUUUUAGAAGAAGCGUGUGUGCUGGCUUAUAAUGUGAUAAUUCAUAAAGAUGACCCAGAGGAGUGCAAACUGUAUAAAUUUAUUGACAGAUCGUUGAAGCUAUCUGAACUUACGAUAAGCCCAGGAUUUUAUAAGUUUUUAAGACCAAUUCAAGAAACUCUAGUAAAGGUGAGCUCAAAGUUGAUGAAUUUAACGCAUCAUGGAAUUGAAGAUAAAGGCAUGCCAGCUCCUGAUGAUCCUGAAGAGUUAAAAUUGAUAAGUUUGGAGUUAUAUGAGUUUAAGCAGAAGCUAAGUCUGAUUAUAACAAAAACAGAUGCUUUACUAGAGUACCAAGAGCGGCAUGAAGAUAAAUAUGCAAGACUAUUUCCAAAUUUAUAA